UGUUACAGUGAGCUUUCUCCAACAACAGGCAUCAGGCGUUAAUGUCUCUACAAGAGCAGGCUGCGCACUUGAAAAUCCUUAAGGAGAAUGAUAAAAAGCCAAGUAUGUUCCAAAAGAAAUGUCUGAGUAACCAGAACCAACAUCUAGGUCAGCCUAGUCCACAUGAAAUAUACACUUCAGCAGAUUAUAAGAAAAGUUAUCAAGAUAAAAGAAGCUACAUUGAUAAAUGUAGAGACACAGAAAUUUUACUUGAAAACAAGAUCCUUAUGGCUAAAAUAUCAAAAAUAAAUAAAAUCGGGUCUGGAAUUCAAAAGAAUCUCAAAGUUGCCAAAAGAAGAAGAUCUGUAACGGCAAAAUCUACUAAGAAGAAGUUGACACUGAGCAAGGAUAAGUUGGCCAGGACCAGCACCAGAAAGUCACUUUUGUCGAAGUCUUCAGCCAUUGACUCAAAACAUCACCUUGAGAAUAAGCAAAUAGUUGCCAGGAUCAAUCAAGUUAAAUCGGUUGUUGCCAAUCAAAUGAAGGUGCACCAGUCUCAUGAGAUUGUGAAAAAAGUUCCAAACCAUAAUAAAUUUUCCUUCUGAAAAGGCAGAUCUAAGUACUUUAUCAACCAAGUUAAUGGUUUACAAAUCUCAGAGCAUCAGGAACCUAAGACUAACGUCUUCCAAAGACUCUGCCCAAAAGAGAGUUACCCUCAACAAGAUUUUGCAAAGCCACAUCUGAAGCACAGUUGCUCGAGAGGUCAACUGGCUACUACUUUUAACACUUUAUGUAAAGAUAAUAAUGAGGUCAAAGAGGCGCAAGUGUCUAUUGAUCCAAAGCUCAACCAAAUUUUUAUACCAAGCUCUAUAAAUAGUCCAAAAGAAAUGGCUAAGCAUCUUAAUGUCAACCCAAACAACCAAAAGUCACAUCAGGAUUCUUCAACUCAUUCCAAAAUGAGUAAAACUACAAGAGCUCGACCAAUGACUCAAAAUGAAGACCAAAGAUUUCUCUCAAAAUUCCAAGAAGACGAAGAAUAUCGUCCUUCUACCAGCCGUCAGCUCCCCACAAACUUCAAACUCCAAAACGAGUCCAGUCCGAACUACCUAAGAGCUCUUAAGAAAGCAAGGAGCUCCUCCAGAAGAUCUCUUAAGAGCACGGCAAAGUCCAAAAACCCAAAAAUCUUCACUUCAUAUUCCCAAAGAACCCUUAAAUUAUACCAAAACCCCCGCUUGCACUUGAACAAGCCAGUGGGCUCCGCCAAUGGGAAGAAGAAAUCCCAGCCAGAUAUUUGGAACAAAAUAAAUAUGUUCUAA